CGUGGGAAUCUCCAGCUCGGUUCCACGGCCUCGGUUGGGCGCCCACCCACGCCAGGACGGGAAGGCGGGCUAGCAUAAGUAACCUCGGCUUCCCCCGCCGUUUCCCACCUAAUCCCAUCGUUAUCUCCUCCCACCCCCACAGCACCGGACCCGUAACACCAAACAGUCUACGCCCACAGCCCCACAGGCCACAGGCGCGAGGGAGGAGAGGAUCUCGUGAAGUAAACAACAGGAGCGAGGAGCCGAGGACGACGAAGAAGAAAAGCAUGGCCGCGGCCGCUGCCACGGUGAUGGCGGUGUCCAGCUGCAGCAAGCGCGACGGCGACAUUGCGGCCACCUGCAUGCCGAAGAAGGCAAAGAGAGCGAGGCCGCCGCCGCAGGAAGAGGUGGAGGCGUUCCUCGCCGCCGCGGAGAGCAGCAUGGCCCGGCGCUUCGCGGCCAAGUACAACUAUGACGUCGUCAAGGACGCUCCCAUGGACGGCCGGUACGAGUGGGUCCGCGUGGGCCCGUGACACGAUUGCGCAACGGACAGUCAAUCGUCAGGUCGGAGUAGGCCGCGCCCGUGUCCUCUCCGGUGUUGAUUUCUCAGCUACUUACCGUGUGACGCUACUUUUUAGCUGUAAUUAUGCUCACGAGAGGGCUAAUCAUGUGAAGGCUCAACCUCGUACUGUUGUACGUCAGUGGAUGUUACGCUUUAGGCCGUGUUUAGUUGGGGAAUUUGGGAGGUGCCAAAUUACUGUUACAGUACUGUAGCACACUGUAGCGUUUCGUUUGUAUUUGUGAAUUAUUGUCCAAAUAUUGACUAAUUAGGCUCAAAAGAUU